UUAAAGCCCCCAAGAGUGCAGCUGCAGUCAGACACUGCUACCCUCACCAUGAGCCCCUGGCAGCUCCUGGUCCUGGCGCUCCUGUUGCUGGGCGGCUGUUCUGCCGCACCCCGACCUCACCAACCCACCUUUGUGGUCUUCCCAGGAGACCUGAGAUCCAAUCUUACUGACAUGCAGCUGGCAGAGGAGUAUCUGUACCGCUAUGGCUACACUCGUGUGGCGGAGAUGAACAGUAAGGUGUCCCUGGGUCGAGCGCUAAGGCUUCUCCAGCAAAACCUGGCCCUGCCCGAGACCGGCGAGCUGGACAGCACCACCCUGGACGCCAUGCGAGCCCCGCGCUGCGGCGUCCCAGACAUGGGUGGCUUCCAGACCUUCGAGGGUGACCUCAAGUGGAACCACCACAACAUCACAUACUGGAUCCAAAACUACUCGGAAGACUUGCCCAAACAAGUGAUCGAAGACGCUUUUGCCCGCGCCUUCGCGGCGUGGAGCGAGGUGACACCACUCACCUUCACCCGCCUGCGCAGCGAGGAUGUGAAGGACGCCAGGGACGUGGACAUCGUCAUCCGGUUUGGGGUCAAGGAGCACGGAGACGGGUAUCCUUUCGACGGGAAGGACGGGCUGCUGGCACACGCCUUUCCUCCCGGCCCCGGCAUUCAGGGAGACGCGCACUUCGACGAUGACGAAUUGUGGUCGUUGGGCAAGGGCGUCGUGGUUCCCACCCGCUUUGGAAACGCAGAUGGCGCCGCCUGCCACUUUCCCUUCACCUUCCAGGGCCGCUCGUACACUGCCUGCACCGCCGACGGCCGCUCCGACGGCCAGCUCUGGUGCAGCACCACGGCCGACUAUGACACCGACCGCCAGUUUGGCUUCUGCCCCAGUGAGAGGCUCUACACCCAGCACGGCAAUGACAACGGCAAGCCCUGCGUGUUUCCGUUCACGUUCGAGGGCCGCUCCUACUCGGCCUGCACCACCGACGGCCGCUCGGAUGGCUACCGCUGGUGCGCCACCACCGCCAACUACGACCAGGACAAGCUCUAUGGCUUCUGUCCCACCCGAGCUGACUCUACAGUGACCGGGGGCAACUCGCCGGGAGAGCUGUGCACCUUCCCCUUCGUUUUCUUGGGCGAGGAGUACACGGCCUGUACCAGGGAGGGCCGCAGAGAUGGGCGCCUCUGGUGUGCCACCACCUCGAACUUCGACCGUGACAAGAAAUGGGGCUUCUGUCCAGACCAAGGAUACAGCCUGUUCCUUGUGGCGGCGCACGAGAUCGGUCACGCGCUGGGCUUAGAUCACACUUCGGUGCCCGAGGCACUCAUGUACCCCAUGUACCGCUUCACCGAAGACCCCCCGCUGCAUGAGGACGACGUGAAGGGCAUCCAGCAUCUGUAUGGUCCUCGUCCGAAACCUGAACCACGGCCUCCAACCACCACCACUGCUGAACCCCAACCCACAGAUCCCCCGGCUAUCUGCCCCACAGGACCCCCAACUGUCCACCCCUCAGAGCGUCCCACUGCUGGUCCCACCGGCCCCCCUUCGGCUGGUCCCACCGGCCCCCCUUCAGCUGGCCCCACAGGUCCCCCCACUGCUGGCCCCACAGGUCCCCCCACUGCUAGCCCUUCUACGACCUCCACUGUGCUUUUGGAUCCAGCAGAAGAUGCAUGCAAAGUGAACAUCUUUGACGCCAUCGCAGAGAUCGGAGACCAUCUGCAUUUCUUCAAGAAUGGGAGGUACUGGCGACUCUCUGAGGGCAGGGGCCCCAGGGUACAGGGCCCCUUCCUUAUCUCGGACACGUGGCCCGCCCUCCCUCUGAAGCUGGACUCUGCCUUUGAGGACCCGCUCACCAAGAAGGUUUUCUUCUUCUCUGGGCGCCAGGUGUGGGUGUACACGGGCUCGUCGGUGCUGGGCCCGAGGCGCCUGGACAAGCUGGGCCUGGGCCCAGAUGUGGCUGAAGUCACCGGAGCCCUUCCGCGCGGCGGGGGUAAGGCGCUGCUGUUUAGUAGGCAGCGCUUCUGGAGGUUCGACGUGAAGACGCAGACUGUGGAGCCCCGGAGCGUCCGCUCGGUGGACCAGGUGUUCUCCGGGGUGCCCUUGGACACGCACGACAUCUUCCAGUACCGAGAGAAAGCCUACUUCUGCCAGGACCGCUUCUACUGGCGCGUGUGUUUCCGGAAUGAUAAUGAAGUGAACCAGGUGGACCAAGUGGGCUACGUGAACUUUGACAUCCUGCAGUGCCCUGAGGAGUAGGGCUUCCUAUUGUGUUUCAGCCGUGGAGUGAGGGCUCCCAUGGGGGCCCUCCCCAGUGGGGAAGGGGCCAGUUUGCCGGAUACGAACUGGAAACUGGUGGGUCUAUUCUGGGGGACAGGAAGGAGCGGAGGUGGGCUGGCCCCCUCCUCCCACCUUCCUUUUUUGCUGGAAUGUUUCUAAUAAACUUGGAUUCUCUAACCUCCAGAA